AUGGCGGCAACGAAGUAUAAGUAUCUUAUUGAAGUGGAGAAGGCGAAGGAGGCUAAGGACGGGAAGCCAUCGCAGGGACCUGUGUAUCGAAGCCUGUUCGCUAAAGAUGGCUUUCCGCCUCCCAUUCCUGGAUUGGACAGUUGCUGGGAUGUUUUCCGUUUGUCAGUGGAGAAAAAUCCUGGAAACCCAAUGCUUGGUCGUCGGGAGAUUGUGAACGGGAAGGCCAGUAAAUAUGAGUGGCUAACUUAUAAAGAAGUAUAUGACAUGGUAGUAAAAAUUGGAAAUUCCAUUCGCAGUUGUGGCGUGGGGGAAGGAGACAAAUGUGGUAUAUAUGGUGUCAACUGCCCAGAAUGGAUUAUGAGCAUGGAGGCUUGCAAUGCUCAUGGACUCUAUUGUGUGCCUUUAUAUGACACUCUAGGUGCUGGUGCUGUGGAAUUUAUCAUUUGCCAUGCUGAAGUUUCAAUUGCUUUUACAGAAGAAAAGAAGAUACCUGAGCUGUUGAAAACAUUUCCUAACGCGGCUAAGCAUCUGAAGACACUUGUGAGCUUUGGCAAGGUUACACCUGAACAAAAGGAAACACUUGAGAAGCAUGGAGUAGCAUUAUAUUCUUGGAAUGAGUUUCUGCAACUGGGAGAUAAUAAAGAUUUUGAUCUUCCAGUAAAAAAGAAAAGUGAUAUCUGCACUAUAAUGUAUACUAGUGGAACAACUGGUGACCCCAAGGGAGUAUUGAUAUCCAAUGAUAGCAUCAUUACACUUCUGGCAGGGGUGAAGCGCUUGCUAGAGAGUGUAAAUGAACAGUUGAGCGAGAAGGAUGUAUAUCUUUCGUUUCUUCCUCUUGCACAUAUCUUCGAUCGUGUGAUUGAGGAGUUAUUUAUCUGGACUGGCGCCUCAAUAGGGUUCUGGCGUGGGGAUGUCAAAUUAUUGACUGAAGACAUUGGGGAGCUGAAACCGACCAUCUUCUGUGCUGUUCCUCGUGUAUUAGACAGGAUCUACGCAGGCUUGACACAGAGGAUUGCGACAGGGGGUAUCGUGAAAAAGACAAUGUUCAAUUUUGCAUAUUCAUACAAGUAUCAUAACAUGCAAAAGGGGCAUGCACAUGGGAAUGCUUCUCCAAUUGCUGACAAAAUUGUGUUUAGUAAGGUAAAGCAAGGGUUGGGCGGUAGGGUGCGGCUUAUUUUGUCUGGAGCUGCUCCUCUUUCUACUCAUGUAGAAACUUUCUUACGAGUGGUGGCAUGCGCUCAUGUUCUACAAGGAUAUGGUCUGACAGAAACUUGUGCUGGUACGUUUGUGUCACUGCCAAAUGAACUGUCAAUGCUUGGCACAGUGGGUCCUCCAGUUCCAAAUGUGGAUGUAUGCCUAGAAUCUGUCCCUGAAAUGGGGUACGAUGCCCUUUCAGAUACACCACGUGGAGAAGUAUGUGUAAAGGGAAACACUUUGUUUUCAGGAUAUUACAAACGUGAGGACCUCACCAAAGAGGUCAUGAUCGAUGGGUGGUUCCAUACAGGUGAUGUUGGUGAGUGGCAACCAGAUGGAAGCUUGAAAAUCAUUGACCGCAAGAAGAAUAUUUUCAAGCUUUCACAAGGAGAAUAUGUUGCAGUUGAAAACUUGGAGAAUAUUUAUGGACUUGUUUCUGAUAUCGAUGCGAUAUGGGUUUAUGGGAACAGCUUUGAGUCCUUCCUGAUCGCAGUAGUUAAUCCUAACAACCAAGCAAUUGAAAGUUGGGCUGAAAAAAACGGUGUAUCUGGUGAUUUCAAUUCUCUCUGUGAACAUACAAGGGUGAAAGAAUACAUACUUGGAGAGCUCAACAAGAUUGCUAAAGAGAAAAAGUUGAAAGGCUUUGAGGUUAUAAAAGCUGUUCAUCUCGACCCAGAACCAUUUGACAUGGAGCGUGACCUUAUCACUCCAACAUACAAGAAGAAGAGACCCCAGUUGCUUAAAUACUAUAAGGAAAUCAUUGAUAACAUGUACAAGAGUGCAAAAUAA